AUGGGUUCUUUGAAAGAAACUACAAUCUCUAAGUGGGAUACUGAUAUCUCAACUGAGUUAGAUCUCGAAGCUGGUGCUGGUGUCAAUUCAAACAUCAGAUUUGUUGAAGGUUGGGAUGAAAGAGGUAGACAAUUAUCAAGAAAUGUGAAUCGUCCAUCAAGUUUGAGUCGUCGUAUUAGUAUGGCUUCUAUUGAAACUUCACUUUCAAGAACAAAAGUUGAACCAAAUGUUGCAUUACCUCCUAUCUUCAAAACCAUUUCUUAUAGAGUUGAAGAUGAUCAAUUGAGUGUUCAUAAGAAAAAACAAAAUAAAACUGAGACUUCAGUUCAAAAUUUUAAAGAAACUACGUGGCAUGUGAAAACCAUUGAUGAAAUUGCAAAUUCAUUAUCAACAGAUCCUUUUAAUGGGUUAACAACUGAACAAUUUGAAAAGAACUUGAAAAUUUUUGGUUUCAAUCAACAUACUCCACCUAAAACAAAUUGGCUGAAAAAAAUAUUUAUGUAUUUCUUUGGUGGUUUUGGUUCUUUACUAUUAAUCGGUGGUAUUUUGUGUUGUAUUUCUUGGAAACCGCUAGGAAAUCCAAAUCCUGCUGUUGCAAAUUUAGCUUUGGGUGUUGUUUUAUUUCUUGUUUUCUUUUUACAAGCUGGUUUUAACUUUUGGCAAGACUUUACAUCUUCAAGGGUUAUGAACUCAAUUAAUGGUAUGUUACCAAGUGAUUCAAAUGUUAAAAGAGACGGUCUUAAAACAAUUGAAGAGGUUAAAAAUUUAGUUUCUGGUGAUUUAAUAUUCAUAAGUAAUGGUGAUAGAUUACCAGCUGAUGUUAGAUUUGUUUCAAUUGAAGGUAAUGAUUUUGCAUUUGAUAGAUCUAUUUUAACUGGUGAAUCCAAACCAAUAGUUGCUUCUAAAGAUCCAGAUGAAAAAGGUUCAAAUUAUCUUGAAAGCUCUUGUAUUGGGUUACAAGGUACUUAUUGUGUUGGUGGUUCAGGUUAUGGUAUAAUUGUUUCCACUGGUGAUAAUACUGUCUUUGGUAAAAUUGCUAAGUUAUCAUCAGAACCAAAAAGUGGAUUAUCUCCAUUACAAAAGGAAAUUUUAAGAUUUGUCUUUUUAACAGUUUCAAUUGUUAUUACCCUUAUUGUUAUAUUAUGUAUCAUUUGGGGGGCUUGGUUAAGAAAAUCAUAUCCAGAUUGGAUUCCAGUAUCAACUUUAAUUGUUGAUUUAGUUUCUGUUGCUGUUGCUUUUAUCCCUGAAGGUUUACCAAUUGCUUUAACAACUUGUUUAAUCAUUACUGCAGGUGCAAUGAAGAAGAAUAAGAUUUUAUGUAAAUCAUUAUCAGUUGUGGAAACUUUAGGUUCUGUUAGUACAAUUUGCUCAGAUAAAACUGGUACUUUAACCAAAAAUAAAAUGUUCGUCACAAGUUAUUCAGUUGGUAUCGAUGAAAUAUCUGAAAAUGAAGCUAGUCAAUCAAAUGAUGUAUCCGCAGAUGAUUUAAGUGUCGAAGGUGACGUUUCGGUUGAAGAUGGAAAAUCCAAAGAUUCAUCAAUUGGUUUAACACAAUUAUCAAGAAUUUCCAAGCUUUGUAACUCUGCUUCUUUCAAUCCAACAACUAUGAAUAAACCAAUAAAAGAAAGAUUGAUUACAGGUAAUGCAACUGAUCAGGCAAUUUUAAGAUUUGGUGAAGAACUAGAUCCAGAUCAUGAUUUAUAUCAAGAGUGGACACAAAAGGCUGAAGUUUCAUUUAAUUCCAAAAAUAAAUUUAUGAUUCGUUUAUUUGAAAAAUCAAAUGUUCAAUUACAACAUUUACAACUAUUCAUCAAAGGUGCUCCUGAUAUUUUAUUACCAAAAUGUUUAUCUUACCAAAACCAAGAUGGUGAAGUUGUACAAUUAAAUGAUGAAUCAUUGCUUCAAAUUCAAAAUUUACAAAAAUCAUGGGCUAUGAAAGGUCAAAGGGUUGUUUUGUUAGCAUAUAAACCAAUUCAUGUUUCACGCUUUGCCAAUAUUGAAUUUUCAAGUAAAAUUGCACAUGAUAAAUUGAUGGAAGAAUCAGAAUCUGGUUUAAUCUUAUCUGGUUUAGUUGGUAUUACUGAUCCUCCAAAAGAUGAUAUUUUUGAUGUUGUUACCACUUUAAAAGGUGCUGGCAUCAAAUUUUGUAUGGUUACUGGUGAUUUUGAAUUGACUGCUGUUGCAAUUGCUAAGAUGUGUAAUAUCUUGACUACAGAUGAAAUUGCUAAUGUCAAUUCAUUAGAUAUUAAUUAUCCUGUUAUGGAUCCAUCAAAGACAAAACUUUGUGAUCGUGUUGAAACUGAAGGUGCAAUUUCUAUUAGUGGUCCUUCAUUGAAUUUUUUGAAUGAAAAUCAAUGGGAACAUUUAACAAGUUUUGAACAAAUUGUAUUUGCAAGAACAACACCAGAACAAAAAUUAAGAAUCGUGGAAGAAUUUCAAAAGAGAGGACAUAUCGUUGGUAUGACUGGUGAUGGUGUUAAUGAUGCGCCAUCUUUGAGACAAGCUGAUAUUGGUAUUGCAAUGGCUGAAGGAUCUGAUAUUGCCAAAGAAGCUUCAGAUUUGGUUUUAUUGGAAUCAUUUUCUUCAAUGGUUACUGCAUUAAAAUAUGGUCGUUUAGUCUUUGAGAAUUUGAAAAAGACUGUUGUUUAUUUAUUACCAGCAGGUACUUAUGGUGAAUUAUGGCCUGUCUUAUUGAAUGUUAUUUUUGGUUUACCACAAGUUCUUUCAUCAUUUUGUAUGAUUAUUAUUUGUUGUUUAACUGAUUGUGCAGGAGCUAUUACAUUGGCUUAUGAAUCACCUGAAAAAAAUUUGUUGGAGAAAAAACCAAGAAGUAUUACAGGUAAUAGAUUAGUCAAUCUCAAUUUAUUAUUACAUUCAUACUUCACUGUUGGUACUUAUUACUGUUUUGUUGCAUUUUUGAUGUCAUUUUUAUAUUACAGAGAAAAGGGAAUUCCAUUUAGUGUUCUAUCGUUAUCAUAUGGUGAAUAUCCUGCAAAUUACAGUGCAGAUAAGAUUAGUGAAUUGACAAAUACUGUAUCGUCAAUCUAUUUCAUCACAUUGGUUAUCAUGCAAUUCUUCAACUUAUUUGCUACCAGAACGAGAUAUUUAAGUGUUUUCCAACAAAAGCCAAUUUUCGAUAAAACUACAUCUAAUUAUCCAAUGUUCAUUGCCAUUGUUUUCGGUUUAGCCGUCACUUUUUUCUUCAACUAUAUUCCAUGGUUUCAAAAUGUGUUGAAUACAUCACCAGUUCCAGCCAAAUUUUACUUUAUUGCGCUUGGAUUUGGUGCAGUUGUUUUGAUUUAUGAUGAAUUGAGGAAGUUUACCAUUAGAAAGUAUCCUAACUGUUUAUGGGCAAAAGUGGCUUGGUAA